CUCAUCCCGUCUCCUGCAGCUUGUCGGCGGACGGCGGUCCUCCUCGGUGGUGUUUUUUUUCUGGGAGAGGAGUGGGGCAGUGAGCACAGAGCCGAACAGGCAAAGAAAACAGCAACAAGACCCAACUAAUGCUACAAAACGGGCAUUGUGAGACUUGGACGUUACCACAUAGAUGAAGUUUACCGGGUCUAGCUGUCCUGGACCGUGUUUUAGAGGACCCUGUGGGUUCAGACUUUUAAUGACCGAGGAGGCGGACUGGACUCGUGAAUAAAGGGGGAGCAGGCGGAUACGGCGACAUCGAAGGACUCCCAGCCCCAACACAAGGAGGUUGCUGGAACUGGCCUGCUAUCAGCUUCAAGACAUUUAUGUUCUUAUUUUUGGAAACUUUCAACCACUCAGCAAGUGUAAGAAGUUGGAGAAGGAGCACCCUUUGUACUUUCCCUUCCAUCUCUUUCCCAUCACAAUAAGUGACACAUUGGGAGUAUAUGGAUAACCAGGCCAGUAUGAUGUUGGGUCAUCUUGGACUGAGUGGACUGUCUCAGGAGGACGUGGGGGAUCCUGACAACAUGAGGAAACACCAGAGCAUGGGUCCGCCUCAGCAGGACAUCGGUGACAUCCUCCAUCAGAUCAUGACCAUCACAGAUGAGAGUCUGGAUGAGGCCCAGGCCAGGAAACAUGCUUUAAACUGCCACAGGAUGAAACCGGCCCUCUUCGGUGUCCUGUGUGAGAUGAAAGAGAAGAUGGGUCUGGGCAUCAGAGGCAUCCAGGAAGAGGACGGUCCGGACCCUCAGAUCAUGCGACUGGACAACAUGCUGUUAGCAGAGGGUGUCGCUGGUCUGGAGAAGGGCGGGGCCUCUGCAGCGGCUGCUGCUGCUACUCUGGCUGCUGGAGUGUCGCCCAAUGACACAAGCUUACAGCAUGACGAGUACAGAGAGAAGCUGGCUCAGAUCCGAACGAUGUACCACUCCGAGCUGGAGAAGUAUGAACAGGCAUGCAACGAGUUCACUGACCACGUGAUGAACCUGCUGAGGGAACAGUCUCGUACCCGGCCUGUCUCACCCAAAGAGAUCGAGCGGAUGGUUGGAAUCAUCCAUCGCAAGUUCAACACCAUCCAGAUGCAGCUAAAGCAGAGCACGUGUGAGGCUGUGAUGAUCCUACGCUCCAGGUUCCUGGAUGCCAGGCGGAAACGGAGAAACUUCAGCAAGCAGGCGGCAGAGAUCCUGAAUGAAUACUUUUACUCCCAUCUGGCAAACCCGUACCCCAGUGAGGAGGCCAAGGAGGAGCUGGCCAAGAAGUGUUCAAUCACUGUUUCUCAGGUGGCCAACUGGUUCGGAAACAAGCGGAUUCGGUACAAGAAGAAUGUCUCAAAGCUCCAGGAGGAAGCCAACAUGUACGCCAUGAAGACAGCCGCCUCUGCGUCUUCACAGGCCAGCCAAGGAAACUCCCCAGCCACGCCGAACUCAGCAGGAGGAUAUCCAGCUCCGUGUUAUACUCCUGACGGCAGGUUAUGAGGACACACCUGGAGAAACUCGCUCCGACCCUCAUUGUCUCCAUGUCUCUGAUGUCAGACAGGACAAUGACGAUCUCUUCUCUCAUCUCCUGACUCCCAAACAUCAGACAGCAAACACUACGUCACUUCCAGCUGAGGCUCAACCCACCACCCUGCUCCACGUCCUGCUCCUCAGUAUAGUACCAGACUGCAGGCUGACCUCCAGCCGAGCCACAGACUCUGCAAAACUCUGCAAACACGUUCUUUCUUUCUCCCCGCUCCCAUGUGUGUCCAACCUUUUACUUUUGGAGUGUUAACACCUCUGCGUUGUUUUUGUUACUUUGAGUGUUAGCGUUUUAUUUCAAAGAGUUACAAUAAGAUAAAAGACAAAAAGAAAGCAUGAGAUAGUCUUUUUUAGAUAUUGAACUAUUAUAUCUUUCAGUUUUUCUUUACAAUAAGGUUGUCACGGGUACAAUAAAAACAUGACCGAAGAAAAGACCAAAAUCGAAUAAACAUGUUGUUACUUCAUAAAUGUUUGUCAUCCUGUGGUGUUGCUUCAGAUAAGAGUGAGGUUUGUGUUUAUUUCCAUCUGACAGAUUGUAAGUUGUGAUUUGAUAUUCUGAAUACAAUGAUUGCUUUAUCAGGUACGAAUGGUGUUUCUUGAAUGCUUUUAAAGCAACCAAACCAAAGAGGCUUUAACCCAGGAGGUCAGUGUGUUCUGCCCAUCUGCACACUCGAACUGAUGCAUCAGUUUUCAUAACUCUGUUCAGUUUCAGAUCCAGCGCACUUUGGAUUGAACCAUGUGUGUUUUUACUCGGCUGCGCCCUCUAGUGCAGAGCAGUGGCGCUGCAUCUGUUUCUCUUCUGGAUAUUUUUUAAACCCCUGUGACCCGAAAGGUCCACAAACUCUUGUUUUUUGCUGCCUUCUUUGUUUUGAAUCCUCUCUUUUUCACUCUUUUUGAGCUAAUUCUUAGUAUUGCAUGUUGGAGAGUCCUGAGUUAAUUAACAAAGGGCAGGUUUUACGUCUGCUGCGGAGGUUUGACAACCGUCAGUAAAUAAUCUGCUACUUUAGAGAGUGCCAAAUAAUGUGUUAGUUUGAACGUUUGAUAAAUGCUCAUAAAUUGGUCCCAACUGAAAGUAAACGAGAAAACCAACUCUGCAAAUGUAGUCAUGAUGAGUUGAGAUUCUGUCCUCACAGGACCCCUUGUAUGUUAAGGAUCUGGAUUUAAAAGAAAUGUGUAAUAACUUUUGUCUGUUAGGGUUUUGAUUUCAGUAGUUAAGACUUCACUGCCUUUCUUUUGUUAUAAUCUCAUUAUUUUUCAUUAUCCAGACGUGUUGUAAAAACAGCUUUUGUGACUCAUAGACCCUGUUCAAACGGAUUUUUUAAUGUUUUGUUAUUCUGCAAAGAGUUAUUAAAGUUAACAGCUACAUAUU